CAGCACACUCCGAAUUCUCCCUAUAUUCACAGUCGUACAGUUCAUGGGAGUGAGACAUGGAGGUAGAACACUCCGAGCUUAUGUCUCAGCCUUGAGAUCUGGCAGUUGGGUUAUUGGGAGUUCCAAUUGAUUCUUGUCAACAAUGCUGCUCAGAAAUGUAAAUUUGAGUUGUCGUACGGCGAGAGUACCACUGUCCCCUUUUGAGCUAGAAAUCACACCCCUUUCUUCAUUCCUCUUCUUCUCAAAAAGAUGACGUUCCCUCGAGAAUGUCCAUUGCUUGUUUACUACCUGCCUUCGUGGUGAUAAUUUCGCUGCAUAUUGCAUCUCGACUCAUAGUGAUUGCAGCACAGCCACCAACAAUUGUCUGUCACGAUGAGUCUUCGUUAUCGUCUGCUGCAGAAAUGGCCUCGCUGUGGCUUGAACCCCGCCAAUCUAGCCCCUGUUCACCCGCUUCCUUCCUCGCCCAAGACCGGGACUUUGCAAAGGUGUAACAUCAGUACCCUGAGCCUCAAAAGGCCAAAAGGGAAGAUAAAUACGACACGAAAGACGGCUGGAGAUUCAACUUUGCUAUCAACAUUAUCUUCUUCUACUGAAGCCUCGCAAGGUCUUCGAAUUCGUUCCUUCUCCACCUCUUUACGUCAAAGAAUGGUUGAAGAUUUCCUCAAGGAUCUCGAACAAGCACAGAAAGAGCCUCCGUCAUUCUAUCUCGAUCAAUACAAACAAGCAACACCAAUUCUCAUGCCACCUCCAGGUCAAAUAGACACAAUGGACGCAACCACCCAACCAUACAAAAUGCCAGCGGGAUGUCACGUUAUCCCACCUCAUCUCGUCGACUCCCGCACCGAUGCAGAAAUUCAGCAAGAUCUCGCAACAUUCAAACCUGUCACAUCCACCAAGAACUUUUGGGGCUUCUACGGCACAGGCUUCGAAGAAAUGCCCCCUCACUACCGACGCAACGUUGAGACCUGGGUUCGAAGGACGUCUCGACAGGGCUGGACUGUUCGAAUACUCAACCAAGUCAAAGAUCACCCUUUGAACGUGGAGAAGUUUCUUGAUACUAAAGACCCCGACACGGUCCCCAAAGCAUUCAUCGACCAGAAAGUUGGAGGAGAUUUCUCACCUCAGCACGUGUCCGAUCUCGUUCGAUUUCCUCUGCUCCUCAAAUAUGGUGGCAUAUACGCAGAUGUGGGAUGUAUGUUGAUCGGCGACUUGGACCGUUUAUGGAACUCCACAGUCGGAGAUCCAAACUCGAAAUACGAGAUUCUCACCUUCAACACUGGAGAUCCCACUCAUCGCAGCUUGACCAAUUACUUCAUGGGCUCAUUACCUAACAAUCCAUAUUUUGAACGCUCCCACAAACUACUAGUUCAAGGACUCUGGAACGCAGAUGGAGGCAAGACAAGCACAAAAGGAAUGCACAAAAACCCCUUACUAAAAGGCCUCCCCUUAAUGGGCGACGACACAAAUAUGACCAUCAAAGACAAGGACGGGAACGUAACCCACGGCCCACAGGAAGUAAGUGAGAUGUUAACAGACUACAUCAUCCAAGGCCAAGCCAUGGGCCAAGUCGCCGGCCUCAUCGACCACGAAACCGGCUGGAAUGGCCCCGAGUACUGGGCCCAGCACGUGUACGGCAUCGAUUACUUGCAAUACUCGCAAUUGAUGAACGUCUACACGCAAUGGAACGGCCAGCGAGCUUUCGAUUUGAUGUCCCUACAUCUUCCCGCAGAAGGUGAACAGGAAACGCCGGAUCAGAAAGAAGCUAGGACGAUAGUGGAGCAUCAUCUGAGUAAUAGUACGAUCGUGAAGCUGGCGCAGGGCAUUAUUGUGAAGGUGAUGGGUGAUACGUUGGGAUCGCUUUGGCAGAAGAAUCCGGGGGCGGAUAAUGUGGAGGGAACGUAUGCGCAUUGGUUGAGGUAUGGGAUGUUGCAUUGGAAUCAGGAAUCGAUCCCACCGACGCAGUUGUUUCAGGUUGAGCCAGCCACGAAGGUAGGACCUUUGCUGAGGGAUGAGUAGACGGUUAGAGUGGCUGAAGAAGACUUGUAUUGUAUGAUAGACUCUCCGCUUUGAUUUAGACUAUGGAAUUGUUUCCGAGUUGGGACAAUCGAUUUGUGUGUUGUUUUCGG